CAAACCAGUUUAUUAAAACAAACAGAUAUGCCUUUACCACGACAUAGAGAGAGGGCAGUGAAGAAUGCAAAGUUGUAAUAUUAUUGAACGUUAUUUUGUUCCGCAAAUUAAGUAUUAUGAGUUCAUCGAGUAGCGAAAGUUUUAAAUCUGAUGCGACCUCCGUGCCGCGAGUAACAUUACCCGCGUUAUCCCGGGAAUUGUAUAAUAGGGCCUAUGAUACUUUUAUUUCUUGGAAAAAUGAACAAAGAAUUAAUAAUUUUGACGAAUAUGUUUUUCUUACUUAUUUUCAAAAUUUGGCUAAAACGAAGCAACCGUCAACUCUUUAUAACAUAUACUCCAUGCUCAAAGCAACAGUGAAUAUCAACAAUGAUAUAAAUAUCGAGAAUUACAAGAAAUUGACCAUGUAUCUAAGGCAAACUUCUAAAGGAUUUCAAUCGAAAAAGACCAAAGUUUUUACCAUAGAUGAUGUGGAUAAUUUUUUGAGAGAAGCACCGGAUAAAAUCUAUCUAUGCCUAAAGGUAGUUCUUAUCUUAGGUGUAAAUGGAGCUUGUCGUGCGUCGGAACUUAUGAACAUAACCGUGGAGCAUAUAGAGAGGCCCUCCGAUGCGUUGCUGCUAGUCAAAUUGGUAGCUUCCAAAACCAACAUGAACAGGUCCUUUGUUCUCCGGGGAGUGGACAAAGAGAUUUUAGAAAAAUACUUGGCGCUUAGACCUGCUAAUACACCAAUGAAACGCUUGCUAUUACGGUAUCAUAAUGGCAGAUGUGUCAGACAAGUCAUUGGUAAAAAUACAAUUGCUGUAAUGCCGGCGCAGAUUGCCGAAUAUUUGCAUCUGCCGGAUCCUAAAUUAUACACUGGUCAUUGUUUUCGGAGGACCGCAUUCAUGAUGCCAUCAGACCUAAGACGUAGUUUCAACCUAAUGCGUUGUGAAGGAGGCCCAAGGCCAGAAAGAGCUGAAUUAAGGGAAGUGUAUAUAGAUACGCCGACGGAACCUGAGGCUUCUAAUGAAAAUGUUGAUAUUUUGAACAUUGAUAGUAUCAAAGAAGAAUUUACUAUUGAUUUGGAAUUAUUCAUCGCCUCAGUCAUUCGUGUCAGACACAUGGAAAGCAGGGGAAAAACGUGAUCCCUCUCCAGGGAAAUCCACAGAAACGCCUCAUCUUCAAAAAGAAGAUAUUGAGUUCACAAUCACUGAGAAUAUUAAUGAAACCAAAACAUUAUCUAUUCCAAGUGAAAAUGUGAGAAUAAUAUUUAAGAAUUGCAAAGAUGUAUCAAAUAUAAACAUUAACUUUUAGCUUAUUGUUCAAAUUUCAAUAUCCUCUGUUGUUGAACAGUUUGCCAAACUUUGGCGGAUUCAGUAUACAUUGCUGGUUUGACUCUAACCAAACUUGCCACUUUAAAAUGGUUUACUAAAUCCAAAAACGGUCUUCCCUUCCCACACCUCUAAUAUUUUCGAACAAUCCAACUACACUCCACGCUAUAUGAAAGAUGACAAAAAAUCAUUCCCACUUCAGCAGGGGAGGUACCUUCAAAAUUUUGGAUUUUUCAAUAUAUUAUUUGACCAUUUAGUCGGCGUGAUUAAUGGGUAUAUCCAUACCAAAUUACAAAUUAUUCUAAUACUAAUAGUUUUUGAGAACGGAGGUCCAUACAGACAUAAAUGAAAC